CACCACGCUGCACUUCCCUGUUCCGGGUUGCUGCUCCUCCCAGCUCAAAGAUGGCAGCCAUGGGACAGAGAUGAUAGACGACACCAAUUUAGGAGCUUUGUCAUGAAACCACACUGGUUAGAACAGCUGUUACAUGCGCGCUUUUAACAUGACAGCGAUAUAAUUCUUCCCCGCCAAUGUGUCGUCAAACGAAGUCAAUUAAAGGAUAGAGAGAUAUGAUGUUUUGCUGUGGGCUCAGCUAGCUAGCAGCGGUCAGAAACAUACAUGAACUGCUCUCUUCUGCCACACGAGAAGACAGCAGCUGCUCUGCAGACGGUCUACUGACAUCUUGCAAGCUCAAUUUCAUCAUGGCCAUCACUCAGUUCCGACUUUUCAAGAUCUGCACAUGUCUAGCCACCUUACUUUCUUUCUUUAAACGGUUGAUAUGCAGGACUGGAAGGGGCCGCAAGCUCAGUGGUGAUCAAAUAACUCUUCCGACAACUGUGGAUUUUUCAUCAUCGGUACCAAAACAGCCAGAGAUUGAAGAAUGGAGCUCUUGGGAUGAAGAGGCUCCUACAAGCAUUAAGAUUGAAGGUGGCAACGGAAACGUUUCCCCUCAACCCAACGAGAUGGACGAAGAGCCCGACUACUUCAAAGACAUGACCCCCACCAUCAGGAAAACACAGAAGAUAGUGCUGAAGAAAAGGGAGCCUUUGAACUACCUGGUGCCUGAUGGCUCAGCAGGUUUCUCCAGCAGACUGGCAGCCUCUGGGGAUAUGAUGUCCUUCAGUCCACCCUCAGGCGAACUGGGAGAAAUGGACAACUGGCAGGAGGACGCAAAUGCCUGGGAGGACGAGGGUAAUGCUGCCUGGGAGGCAGAGGUUGUGCUCAGACAACAGAAGAUGGCUGAGAGAGAAAAGCGGACCAUGGAGCAGCAAAGGAAGAAGCUGGAGAAAGAUGCUCAGAGGAUGAUGAAGAAGGAUCAGAAGAUUGCCGUCAAGCUCUCGUAACAUUUUUAGAAAUGCUCAAUUUUGAGCCAAAGGGAUGGGAGGGGGCAAAGACACUGAAUCAAUCGUCACUCUGUCUUUAAAAUCAUCAAACCGACCAGGAUUACCACCCAACACUACUUAUCUGUUAGCAAACUGUCAUCUCCACCCUGUUUCCUACAAGCAGCCAUUUUAGUCUGUUUUCCAGCUGCAGCAGUGUAAAAUGCAUCAUUCUCGAGGGAAGAUAACGCACCUCUCGGUGUACUCUCUGUUCAUGUGGCAAGGUCAUUCUGGUCUUCAAGGGAAAGCUGUAUUUAUACGAUCCAGUUCAUCUUAGGUUAAAGGUUGGAUGCAGCAUUAGAGGGUACCAUUUAGAUUCAGAUUGGUAGUGUAGAAAAAUGUUUAGUUUUUUCCCAGGAACAUUUGUAAAUAAACAGGUACCUGUACUACCUUUUGAAACUCAAAUAGGGAGUACAGUUCCCUUUCUUUGUCUUAUUUAUAACCUCAAAGGACAAAGGAGUGUAAUUGAUUUUAAGCAUCACUGUAUACCAGUGACAUCCCUUCGUUUGCUUGAUUAUUGUGCUUUUAUAUUUAUGUCUUUCAUUGUCUGAAAACAUAUUUUUUUUCUAAUGAAUGUUGCUUGAUAUUUCACAUCAUCUCCCUGUGCUGUGCAGCCCUUCGUACACUGGAAAUCUGUAUUACAAUGAAGGCUGAAGAUUGAGUAAGGAUCGACCAUAGACUAGAAUCUAGCCCAACUAUAAAUGUUAGCUGUGGGUUCCUAUGGUAAUCUCAUGGCUACUGAUCUGCUAUUCAUUUUCCUCCUUUGUCAGCUUUUGAUAUUGAAAGGAAAAAACAGAGAUUGCUGCAUUGAUUUUUUUUUUUUUCAGGGGGUGGGAAUGUUACUUUGCUCUUAAAUAGUUGAUGCACUCACUGCACAGACGCUGUCUUUCUAAAACAUGGAUCACCAUCACAGUGUAAUGUCAGACCGGUUACCUUGGCCGAUAAGAAGAUGAAUAAAAAUAAAGUUAAUGGUUUUGACCGAGCAUCCUGUUAUGCAUCAUAAUAAUUAAAUUACCAGUCAGUGUUGGAAAAAGUUGGUACAAGUGCCAAUAGACAAGCUGUUGUCAUGGAAACACUGGAAGGUGAAGAAAGGCCCUUUUUAUGAAUUGAAAUGUGCAGACAUGAUACAAAAUGUCUCUGGUCUAUGAUGACUGAUAAAAUGACUUAAGUAGAGGUGAGGGAGGCAAAUUUCUAUACUGAAUGUUACAAUUGGAAAAGCUUUGCAAGCUAAUUGAUGGGUUGAUGUUAUCUAGCAAUGAUUUGUUGACACGCAGAGGCGCUGAUUCUGUUAAGACGUAAUAUGAUAAAAAUGGCCGAUUAAUGCAUGAUCAGGUUUAGGAGUCUGAUUGAAAGAAGUUGUGUUUAUUUGAAGGGAAUUCAGCAAACUAUCUGUGUGGAUUUGUGUUUUCUUUGGAAAUGCGCUUUUUUUCAUUGAGAAAAGCUGCAUGUUGUUCUCUUUUGUCAUUUUUUGCACAUUUUAGUUUUCCAAAAAUGAAUCGCAGAGAACCCCUUCUCACCCAUUUUUUUCUCAUUCAUGUGUAAGACUUCAUGUUAUAAUAGUUGUCAUGAUUGAGCACAAAUGAGGAACACAUGCUCACUCAAUCCAGAAGGUUUGGCAGAUUGUAUACCUGCUGUUAUCAGUCCUACACAGGUUUUUAAUAAAAUGAUUUGAUUCACCA